CAUGCCUGCCAUGCGCUGCUCUACGCGCCCGGCCCUCGCAAGCUGUUAGGCUGCUUCCCUUUGCCCUUUGCGCUUCUCGGUGCUGAUGCAGAUGCGCUUCGAUGAGCGCAUAGGCUUCCCCUGCAGCUUCGUGGACGUGCAGGGCAGCAGCCUGGACUGGAUGAACCGUGAACUGCGCAAGGAGCGGGGCGACGCGGUGGCCACCUUCCGCGUGGAGCGCUCCGACUAUCGGAGCUCACACCUUGUGGAUGGACAGUGCGUGGUGGCCCAUUUCUAUGCCAAGCGCCUGACGCAGGAGCAGUUGCAGGCCGUGGAAGCCAGGGCACCUCAAGCGAAGGACCACGGGCUAGAGGUCCUGGGCCUGGUGCGGGUGCCUCUGUACAUCCUUCGUGAUGGUGUAGGAGGCCUGCCCACCUUCCUGGAGAAUUCCUUCAUUGGUGCUGCCCGGGAACAGCUACUAGAAGCCCUUCAGUACUUGGAACUUGUGAAUCCUGGCACUAUUGCAAACUCAAGAACCCAGCUUUUAAGUAGAAUCUGCCUGCCAUGGACCCAUGGAAGCCAAGAUGAGGGCUUCGGUAUAAGGGAAGGAGGGAGGGAGGGAGAGGCAAAUGCGUUCUGUUUGGGGGCUGAGAGGUGA